UUGCUGAACAGAUUUACCUGCAAUAAUGCGAGCGCUGGUUUUUUGAUCCCAAAUGAAACUUUCAGUGGGCUCGAAGGUUUAAAAAUGCUUUAUUUUUUACACUAUUAUCGUUCUGAACCAAUUGGACAAAUACGGUUCACAUCAAAAUGUUUCUCCCCCACUGAUAGAAGCAAGACUGUAAUCCAUGUCUUUGUAUGGUCUAUGUCACGUCAAACAUAGUGGAGUGCGAAGAUUUUAUGCUUGUUUACAUCGCUCAUGGUUUAAUGCAUUCCAUUGAAAGCCUGUUUCGAGUUUAUUUUACAAUUUUAAUGAGUUCCGCAUAACGAACAGUUAUUCCGAAAUGCGAAUGGCCAUCAAUACCCCGGAGGACUGCACCAUCAACGAGCAGUUUAUAAAACUGGUGCACGACACGCCAAUACUAUGGAAUCUUCAUCUGCCGCUCUAUCGGAACCGGGAGAUCAAAGAGCAAAAAUGGGCCGAAGUUGGAGCUGUAUUUAAUCUCAGUGGCACUGAAGCAUACAAGAAAUUUGUUGCCUUGCGCGAAAAAUACAAGCGUGAGCAGAAGCUGCGGGAAAGCAAAACCAUAUCUCAAACAGAAUGCUGGCGAUUGUACGAUAAGCUAAAAUUUCUCGAUACGGUGUCGUUUUCUCGCGAUCGGCGGUGGAGCAAGCCAAAAUAUGUGAACCGGCGACAGCAUGGUUUUACCCCGACCACACCUCACACGCGCCAUGAGCUAUCCCCCUUGCUAAUCAAGAAUGAAUUCCCAGACCUGCAAAUGGUAUCCGUUCCGACGUCUCCUAGCUACCAGAUGUCCGGCGAUCCGUCGGAGAAUGGUUCCAGCGAAGCAUAUCAGGAUAACUCGGACUACUAUAAUGAUUCAACGAUGCAAGAAGCACAACCGGAAGACCCGGACGGCUCGGAAUACGGCGAGAAAAUAGAGACCAUGCCGGACGUGCAUCCGGUGGCUUCGACGUCCAGUUCUUCCGUGCAACACCAACAACAGCAAUUUUUGAAUCGCCUCGAGUGUAAGACCAACGCAAUUUUCGAAGAACACGAUAAACGAAAAAGCAGUUGGGUACGAUGUGAAACAUUGGGUCAUAGGGUGGCACAAACGAUGCAUGCUCUGGAGGAGCAUGAUCCUGAUCUGGCGCUUAAGUUUGAUAUCAUGUUGAGUGAAGCGAUUACUAGUAUUAAAAAAGAUCAGCUACAGAGGCUGAUGGUAAGGCAGCAACAGCAGCGGGAUGAUGAGGAAGAACGAACACGGGCGGAAACGAUGCGAAUACAACACAAACAUAUGCAGGUUCAACAGCAGAAUACGAACAGCAGUGAUCCUUGACUAGAGAAUUAACACAAAUGGUAUGUAGUAGUCGGUUACAUUAAUUAUCAUUAGUAAAAAGUCAUUAUGAUGCAGAACACUGUUUUGCCAGUUUCAGUUUUCGUCAAAAUAUUUCCAACUAUAAUGACUGACUAAUAUACAAAAAGGAUCAUGAAUCUUUGACGAACAAAACAUUACUUGUUACAAAAUCUGAUACGGGACGUUGAGUCGCGUAGCGAUAUCUUGAGCUUAUGCUAGAUCUUCAACACAUUAAAACAUCUAGGUUAAACUUGUAAGGGCA